CGCCGUCGUCGUUCCCCGGAUAGUCAACCGACGGCGGCGAGUGACUGGGUCGAGUCUACUCUGUAGAAGGAAGCCAAUGAGUGUCACUGGCGUGCGUUAGGUACUUUGAGCGGAUCAAUGGUACAAUACGCACCCCCAGCUAAAUGAGGUGCGUAUUCUUCUAGCCUCUAGGAUACAACGAGCACGCUAGCAAGCUAUUCACAUACCAGCAAACAAAGUAAUAUACAAUAUAUCAUGUAGAUACACGCCUACUUUACAUUACAAAGUGUAUCCAAGAUAAUAGGCAAUUCUGUCACGCCAAAUUGCCGGUUGAUCAGUAGUGACUAAGUCCGUUCAGGUCCACAUGUGCUAAGGAUCCAAAAUCUUAGAUUGCAUAGAUAGUAUUCCGUUCAGGUCAGCAUCUUUAAACAUGAGAACGGAUCCAUAAGUUCAGCCAAUCAGGUCUGUCCCUAGAUAUUCCGUUCAGGUUCACCAAAGCCUAUCUAAGAGGUACAAUCAAGGCAUAGAGUCAGACUCGAUCAGCUGUCUUUGUGCUCUAUUAUCGACGUUAUACAGCUACUGUGGUAUGGACUUCCACACUAUUCAAGAAGUCGUACAUGGUGUGGGCAAUUCAGCAGAACAAGUACUUCGAUUUUUGCAACGUCACCAUCUUCUAUGAACACCGAAUACUGUCACUUUGGAUAUAGCUUAACUACUCUGUAAUACUGUAAACAUUACACAACAAGAAAUAUUCUGGUACAUUUUUUGUACUAUUCUGCUCGUGACGAUCUGCAUUAUUAUCCCGAAUAACGGUGUAAUGUUUAAAAAAGUAGGCGUGUACAGGAUAUUGUUUACCACUUUUGUUUGCUGGUAUGUCAAUAGCUUGCUAGGGUGCUCCUUGUAUCAGAGGCUAUAGAAGAACACGCACCUCAUUUAGCACUAUUGAUCCACUGACAUACCUCACGUUUGAAGCCAUGCUGCUCGCGUUUUUUCUAUAUGGCUUUACAAUAUUCAUAUCGAGAAUGCAUCGGACUUAUACGAGACGUCGUAGGUCUAUCGCCAGGCGACUGUUGAGCACAUGCAGCAACGGAGUUCAAAGCUAAACUUCUUGCUCAUCUUGGUCGCUCCAUAAUUGGACAAGACACGCUAUUUGUACCAUUUUCGCCCGAAAGUAAGGCGCGGCGGCUAAACAGCAUGCCAUUUGAUAAACUUCCGCACUCGAAAAAGAGGCCUGUAGAUCCUGAUAGUCAGUUGAUACUCCUACCCUACACACAAAGUCCAUCACAUCAACAAUUGACGCCCCGAGUGCUGUGUACGUACACACAGAAGUUGCACAUUCGCAGAGACAGGACUGUGUUUUUGACAUGACGAAGAGAAGGAAAUUCCAGCCAGUGUAGAUAAGAGUUAAGUAAUCACUAAGUACUGAGUACUGCCAUGCUCAUCCGGUCUUUAGUGUCCGUUUAUGUUACAAGCGGCACAAGGCAAGUAGUAUGACGCGGGAACGCAGAUGCAUAAUGGAUCAGACGCAACUGAUGCGGACACUUAUUUAAUUAACAGCCUGCGGCAUCUACGGAAGUGCAUUCGUCGGACGUGGUUUGACUUGUACCUCGUUACACUCGCACAAUCGCCUAGGCAUUAAUUCCUACAACUAAUCCGGUCUACAGUGUACUGUACAACCACACCUAUGAUGGAUGGACUGAGUUAUCGGAUUUAGCUAAACAAAUCUCAGAGUACCAGACUGAUCUCAUUACCUUAGUGACUCCUAGACACAUUAGCGUAAGAAGCCGUGUAACCUCAUGCUUGAUUACAGAAGUCCUAAGAUAACAACGCAAAGACCACGUAGCUAGGUAUAGUGAGUGAACAAAGAACUGAGUAAGGACACCUUAGGCUACUCGCUGGACCGUAAAACACUAAUUAGCUAACACUCUAAACAUUCCAUCAUUGUCAACAGCUACAUUGUAGGUCAGACCCGGUAAAGUGUGUACGUAGUAGGUUUUCACGCAGAUACUCAUCUCCUCGGGUAUCCGGGACGUGAAACAAGGAGCGGUACCGGAUCUUUGACAUCCUGCCCGAGGAACUCUCCCUGCUGCUGCUGCUGCUGCUGCUGCCCCAGCUGUUUCUCCUGGAUCACGCUUCCGUGCACAUUUUGCAAUGCUGCUGACGUUCUUUGUCGUACUAUGUCUUCUUCUCUGCAUUAUCUCAUUCUCUUCAACCGCCUUCAUGUACUUUCUCUACCGACGAGCUGUUCUAGUUGCUCACCUCCCGGGGCCUCCCGUCAAGAGUCGUCUUUUCGGACAUGUUCCUUUUAUUGCCAAGUCCAUCGAGAAAGGACACUGUAGGGAGCAGUACGUGUUCGACUGUCAUCUCAAGUACGGAGAAGUUCUCCAUGUAUGGCUCUACCAUAUUCCGGUUGUUUACACAUCAAAUAUUUGCGCCGUUAGAAGGCUUAUGAACAAUCCCGCUCACAUUAAACCUCGAUGGGUGUAUUUCUCACUGCGCAGUGCAAUUGGUCAACGCUUUCUAGGACAAGGAAUGCUCACCAACAGUGACCACAGCUCAUGGGAGAAACGCCACAAAUCUAUCAGGCCCGGAUUUCAAAGGCGCUAUCUCAAGUGUUUUCUUCCUACUUUUAAUCGCAUAGCCAACAAGUUUGUCGACAGACUGUUGGACAUUGGAAAGGGUGGCGCACCGAUAGCCAUGAAAAGGAUGCUCGAAGCUUUUGCCCUUGAAGUCAUCGCAGGAGUCGCAUUUGAUGAACACUUGGAUUCGAUCAACAACCCGAAUCAUGUCCUCAGAAAGAGUCUGGUUGAUGCAUUGCAUGCUGUCUUUCAAAUGAUGAAAAGUCCAUUCAAGACCCUGUUGAACUGGCAGGUAGUGAACCAGACAAGGGAACACUGCAAGAGAGUUCGAAAUGUAGGAACCGAUAUCAUCAAGAGACGACUGAAGCAGUAUUCGUGUGAAAACGCCAACAGCAAGGAUGAUAUUCUAGACUUCAUUAUCCGAUCGGCAGCCGAUGACCCAACCGUGACCAUGGAAGACAUGGUCGAUGAAUUUGUAACCGUAUUUGUAGCUGGUCACGAUACCACAGCUACGGUAUUGUCAUUUGCAUUAGAAAGAAUCAUACUGAGGCCUGCCAUUUGGAAGAAGAUGUUCGAUGAAAUUGAAAUGGUUCUACAAGAGCGCGAUGAUGUAGAGUUUGAUGAUCUUGCCAAUAUGGAGUACAUUGGCUGCGUCUUCAAAGAGAUACUUCGACUCUAUCCACCAACUGGUUGUUCAAUACGAACACUCAGUGAAGAGAUGACCAUCGCUGGCUACAAGCUCUCGCCCGGUGUUGAUGUUGCUGCUCCUCUUUUUGUCAUGCAUCGAUUCCCCGACCACUGGGAAAAACCAUUGGAGUUCAAUCCAGAUCGAUUCCGUUAUGAAAACAACUCGGAUUUGCAAGCCUUCAUGCCGUUUGCUCUGGGACCACGAAUCUGUGUCGGUCGACACUUUGCUGAAAUGGAAUUCAAGGUUCUAUUCGCCAAGAUGCUGAAGCGAAUAAACUUCACGCUGUUGGAAGGGCAGAAGAAUGGUGUUAUCGCCGAAGCUCUCCUGUUCACACCACUAAGUGACAUCAACUGUACUAUCCAGGCUCGUGUCUGAGAUCAGUUUGUGAACAGUAUGUGUGCAUGUUGGUAGUCCAAUGGAGUGUUCUCUGCAUGCUACCCUUCCCAAAUGAAUAGCAUAGAGCAGAAAUCCAGUGCGUCCGAGGUUUGUUUUCUCCAUGACUACUGUACUUGUUUAGCUUAGUGUAGAGAGCAGGACAGUAGUUUCAAAUAAAUCAUCGCAGUGAGUCGGUUGCAACUCAA